AUGUACCCACUCGUGCUGAGGCUAGCUCCCCGCAGCGACGUCGAAAAGUUCAGACUUACACGCCAAACACAUCGAGAUUGCUGCUGGCCUCGGGCGUAUCUCGACCGCUACUUCUAUACCUAUUUGAAAGUGAAAGGCGUUAUUUUGAAUCUUGAAGACGUAAAUACAUCACUAUUGCUCGCGAUGGUAGCCAGAAAGAAGGGCCUGAAGAGCCUCAGGGCAGGCCGUCCACCUCUGACACGUCCCCCGGGCACCAUGUCCCGAAAGGCGAGCCGGACACUCAUCAACAAGCAUCACCAGCUUGACAAACAGAAACGCCAGGCUGCUUCAAAAGGCGACAAGGCUGCCGAAAAAGCUAUUGCUGCAGAAAUAGAGAGCCUGGGCGGCAUCUCAUUGUAUCAACAGGCUAGUCUGCAGGGGCAAAGUACAGAGCGCGGAGGAGAUACUUCCAAACUACUACUUGAGUGGCUUCCUGUUGAGGAAUUAAGGGUAGCAGAUCACAAACUGCGGCUUCUGGAAGUCGGCGCUCUGAGCACCAAGAAUGCCUGUUCGCUAAGUGGAUUGUUCGAGUCGGUGCACAUUGAUCUCAACAGCCAAGAACCCGGCAUCAUUCAGCAAGAUUUUAUGGACAGGCCACUGCCCAAGGACGAUACAGAACGAUUCGAUGUCCUAUCUCUGAGCCUGGUCCUGAACUUUGUGCCGGAUGCAGCGCUCCGGGGCGAGAUGCUGAAGCGUACCCUGGAGUUCCUACGUGGCACGCAAGCCAACAAGGAGGCAGGGAAUGAACACUUGUUUCCGUGCCUGUUCAUGGUUCUGCCGCGGAGCUGUCUAGAGAACUCUCGCUACUUUACCGAGUCGAAAUUUGAGUCUAUCAUGCACAUGCUGGGGUAUUCAAUGAUGCGGAGGAAGAUGACGCAGAAGCUUGCUUACAGCCUGUGGAGGAAGGCUGGCGAAGCAAACAUCACCAAGACUCCAAAGAAGGAAACCAAUCCUGGUCGAACCAGGAACAACUUUGUCAUAACAUUACAGCAUUAG